UUCGAGCUCCAGGGAUUUGCCGGCUUCCAAGGAUUUAGCAAUGCCACGUGAUCGAUCCAUCUCCGAAAGCUGCCAGUCCAGCCAUCUUCUUUCGCAAGCUUCUCUCUCACCCAAUUGCAAAUCAAUUGUAUCUCUGGACUUAACUGUUCAGUCAUUUCAAAGCAAUGGCAUUCUCAAGAGUCUCCGUACUGCGCUCCUGCUUCCGGGCUGCCAGACCAACAGCUUCCAGACCUCAAGUUUUCCGCCAAAUCGCCAGACGGGGUUAUGCCAGCGGAGGUCACGAAUCUGCAAAGGCCGGAGGUGAUGCUAUCUGGGCAGCCGGAGCUAUUGCAGUGACCGCACCCGCCUGCUGGUGGAUCUUGUCGAAUAGUCCAGAUACCUCUCACGGUCAUGGAGAUCACGGCGAUCACGGCGACAAGCAUGAAGAGGAGCACAAGGACGAGGCUGAAGAAGAGUCCAAGGACGAGCCUGAAGCUGAGGAGAAGUCUGAUGAUGUCGAGGAGAAGACAGACGACAGUGAAAAGUCUGAGGAGUCCAACAGUGAGGACGACAAGAAGGACGCCGAUACCCCCGAGACAUCCGAUGAUGAGAAGGACAGUUCAGACGAAAAGAACGUCAAGUCCUCCACCCCAGACGCGAAGGGAGACAACAAGAAGAAACUUGAAAGCAAAAAGGGUACCAAGGCUGGAGAGUCCGAUUUAGAGGACGAUGGCGAGGCUGCUCCAUCAAAGCCUACCGGUGACAAGAACUCCCAGAGCGCAAAGCAAGAAGGGCUUUCCAAUACUGAUACCAAGCACUCCACCGAUAUUGGUAACGAUUCCAGCAAAAGCAAGAAGGCAGAGGGCGGACCUGACACUGCCAAAGUCAAGGGCACUGUUGAUCCAAAGCGCUCGCAAGUAUGAAGCUUGAUUCAUUAACAGCCAUUUUCAGUCUCGUCGUGCGUCGAUGUUCUCAUAGCUUCGCCUCUUUCAGGGAGUUUACGCUGUGCCGACAAGCUCCUAGCCGGAGAAGAAGUAGAGCUCGCAGUUUCUGCUUAUAAUAUGGGGAUUUUUUCGGAUGAACGAAAAUGGAAUGCAUGCCUG